AUUUUGUAUCUCCACAGUCGAGUCACUCAGACGAAGUUGGUCGUCAACGAAGACAGCAGCAAAUAUGCGAAUGUUCACUUAAUUCGUACAUUUUAACCUUUAAUUAAAGUAUAUUCAAGUUUGAGUUUGAAUAGAUUGACGGUGGUCGCGACGGACUGGCUGAUCUUCUUGUAAUCAGUUGAUCAUCGCGUUAGACUUCAUUUUGUUUACGUUUUGCUUUAGCAGGAGAGCUAGCUAACGCUAACGACGUUAGCCAGCUAGCGAACAACUGUCCAAGCGUUAGCUUACGCUAGUCAGUGGCGAAAUGGCCGCCAACACGACACAAGCAACCCCUACAACAAACUGGUCCUUUGGUGGAGCUGGAGAUGGCCAGGUUCAUGAAAACCCAGAAUGGGAGAAAGCAAGACAAGCACUAGCGUCCAUUAACAAGAGUCAGAGCUCUGCUAAGACUGCACAAGCCAACCGGACAGCCACAGCAGAGGCCGGUCAGUUUCAGCCAGCAGUGACUGACUCUGCUGCCAUUCAGCAGCAGCAGCAGCAACAACCGCAGCAGUACUAUCCAUGGUACCAGCAAACUCAGCAGCAUUAUCCUGGAUACACAUACCCCUAUAAUUACUACUACCCCGUGGGUCCAUAUGGAGCUUCAUAUCCACCAAAUCAGUUUGGUGUACCCCCAGGGCCGUACCCAGGAACUCCCACCUCUAAUGGACAGCCUCCUCCAGUGCCUGGAAUGGAAGACCAGUCCACAGGCUACCCCUCUCAAUCACAACCCCCUCCCCCUGCUACUCCCCAGCAACCCCAGAGCCCAACCACCUCCGAGAAACCCCCUCCUCCUCCACCCCCACCUAUCCCUCCCCCACCCAAUUCCCAGUAUCCCCCUCCUCCAUCACAAAAUGCCUACAGUGCCAAUAACUCCAUGCAAUACCCACACGGUGACCCCAACCAAAUGCAAGCUUACAAUCAUUCCCAGGGAAGGCCUAACUAUGGACAGGGCUUCCAGGCUCAGCACACAUAUCAGCCCUCUCAGAAUACCUCGCAGCAGCCAGGCCAGUAUGUACCAGGGCUUGGCAGAGGAGAGGCCAACAAAAACAAAAACCAAAAACAAGGACAGCAACUGUGGCACCGCAUGAAACAGGCACCUGGGACAUCUUCUGUGAAGUUCAAUAUUCACAAGAGGCCCUAUCAGGUUCAGUGUUCCUCAAUGUCCAAUCAGAGUUUCCCUCCAGGCGAGCAGCCCUCAGGAUUGAAUCCAACUCCUUCCUCCCCAUCUUCGGCCAGUGCUGCACCCGGAGGUGCUCAGACACGACCCCAGGACUGGCCCCAAGCCAUGAAGGAAUACGUGCAGCGCUGUUUUACAGCCUGUGAGACGGAGGAAGACAAAGAUCGUACAGAGAAGGUGCUGAAGGAAGUUCUGCAGGACCGGCUGAAGGAUGGCUCUGCUUACACCAUUGAUUGGACUCAUGAGCCAUUGCCAGAACUAAAGGUCAAGCAGUCUCGUUGGGAAUCUGUUGCAUCCCAGAGAUCAUCAGAUGGCUCAAUUAGUCGUGGUGGAAGUGCAGUGGUUGCAUCUCCAAGAGGCAGAGGUGGUGCACACCGAUUGGGCCACUACAGAAAUAUAUUUUCUCAAAGGAGUCCCUCUUCUAGUUCGUCCCGUUCCUCCUCCCGCUCCCCAUCCCCCUCCCAUGGCCGAAACAGGGACCGCAGCAACCAAAGGCACAGACGCAGUGAUUCUGGCUCCCAGUCGGACAGCAGCAUCUCCAGUGACCUCCGACCUCAGCUGUCAAGACGGAGUCAGAGAGGCGGACGUGGUCGUGGUAAUGACAGGGAUAGAGGCCGUGGAGGUGGAGGUGGAGGACGAGGACGAGGAGGAAAGGCAAACAGAGGACGGCGAAACAUGGACGAUUCCAAUCCAGCUGUUGGAAAGAAGAGGAAAGGUGGCAACGCUGGUCUUGAUUUUCAUGACCCCAACAGAGAAGCCAAAAAGCAGAGCAGAGCAGCUCGUUUCCACAAGCAGCUUCGCUCAGAGCCCCUGGUUCUCUCCAUCAAUUCCCUGGACUUACCUGAUGGAACACAGGAGGGCCUCAGCUGGGAGGACUGCCCCAUUGUGGGAACAUGCCAGGACAUCACCAAGUCCUAUCUGAGGCUCACUUGUGCCCCGGACCCCUCCACUGUGCGCCCUGUGCAUGUCCUGAGAAAAUCUCUGCAGGCUGUAAAAAUCCACUGGAAAACCCACCACGACUACACCUAUGCCUGCGAACAGAUGAAGUCCAUACGACAGGACCUCACGGUCCAAGGAGUUCGUACUGACUUCACAGUGGAAGUGUACGAGUGUCAUGCACGCAUUGCUCUGGAAAAGGGAGACCAUGAAGAGUUCAACCAGUGCCAGACCCAGCUGAAGGCCCUGUAUAAGGACAAUCCCUCAGAGAACAUCGGAGAGUUUACAGCAUAUAGAUUGCUGUAUUACAUCUUCACUAAAAACUCUGGAGAUCUGACCACUGAGUUGGUGUACUUGACCCCGGCACUGCGGGCAGAUGUGUGUGUGGCUCAUGCUCUCGCACUCCGUGCCGCCUGGGCAUUAGGAAACUAUCGCCGUUUCUUUAAGCUGUACAAGGAAGCCCCGCGCAUGGCUUCAUACCUCAUUGACAAGUUUGUAGAGAGGGAAAGAAAGGUUGCACUUCGGGCCAUAGCCAAAACGUUCAGGCCCGACUUGCCGGUGCAGUAUGUGCAGUCCAAUCUGGGCUUCUCUUGUUUAGACUCAUGUAUGGCGUUUCUUACUGGGCUAGGUGUCACCUUCUACCCCUGUGACCCCCAAAAAAUAGACUGCAAAACCAGCACAGCUGCUUUGGCUGCCUCCUGAGUGGGUGGGGGGUAGCACCAUGAAGGGAGGCACUAAGGGACCAUCAUGGAUCCUAACAUAUACAAUGCACUGCACUUCAGACACCUCAGCCUGUUCAGAUAGAGUAGUUUGCAAACUUAACAGCUAUAGAAGAUCCAUAUAGAAAGAUACAUGCUAGAAUACUCUGCUGCAAGAUUCAGAUUUCAGAUGUAAUUUCUGACACUUAGAUAAGUGGUUUUAAACACGAGUCAGCACACACUGUCACACAAAUAUUGUAGGUAAGCCUAAUGCCCAAGUUAUCUCACUGCAUUUAUAAUCCCAGUAAAAGUGAGUGAAGAGUCUAGAUUUGGGAUUAACAUGGGAUCUCGGCAUUUAGAGGCCAAGAAGUCACAGAACCAGAUCAGGGAGGCACCCUCAUGGUUCCUGUUCCGUAACCGCCAUCAGAUGUCAAAGCUAACAGUGUUCUGUUAUGUUUUUUCCUUCCUCAAGUCAACAGCUCCAAGACCUGAAGAUUCAAGCCUUGUCAACCAAAAGGGAAAUACAGACAGCUGUUCUUCAAGUCAUUCAUCCAGCUCUCUCCUGUUUGAUGAUUCAGGUCAAGUUUACAUAUUCUUCGUAGAGACUGUGAAACAACACGGUGAGAAGAUGCCGGCCGUUUGUCUGAAAGAAGAAAAGGUGGUGGUUUGUAUGUCCUGUCCGGCGCCUGUUUUCCUCAAGGUAUCCACAGUUGGCUGUGCAUCCUGGUCCUGGUCCCCAAUUGUAUGGCCUGUGAGAGCAAUGGACUGAAGUCUUGUUCCGGAUUGAAUUAAGUUGUAUUAAUUCAUUGGUCGCAGUCACGAAAAGGUUGGCCAGCUUUGGGGAAGAAGUCUCAACCUAAUGAGCAUUGACUUUGUCUAUGAUAAAAAAUACAGUCAAGUGUUCUUCAUCGAGGUGAUCUCCUCACUCCUCCGUACCUUCGAAGCUGAGCUCCAUCUCCAGAAGCAGAGAAGAGAGGGAAUCUGCUUCCAUCAUCCUUAUUUAGAAGUCCUGCCAGCACCUGGAAUCCAGUAGACCCGAUCAACACCGCAAAGUGACGAAGCCCAUCUUUAAUCCAUGUUGGCCGUCUUAACAUCACCAGCUGUUGAUUAAAAGAAACAGGGGCAGCUCAGCUGCCAUCCUUAAAUGCAGCUGAAGGUGAAUCCCGCGUGGUGGAGCGUCAGUGGGAAACCUGCUGCUGCUUCUAGAAGGAAUAACGACGAGUGGUUUGUAUGCUACAUCUUGCUCUGGUGCUUGCAAGGCUGGUAAGCGAAAAGGGACUUCUCUGGAUGGAGGUAGAUGACGACACAACAGAUGUUGCCUCACAUUUCUUCUGUUAAAUGGGUUAUGUUGUGUUUUUUGGACAGCAGUGUCAGCCUUUAUCUUGACAAAAGGAGAAGGAAUUAUGGAGCUGCAAAGCAGAUUUUUAUGAUAAUUUACGAUAUUGGACAGGUCAAUUUAAGUAUCGUAACAAAUUUGACAAUAUCCUAAAAUGCCUAGAAUGAUGCCAGUAAGAUCCCAGAAAUUUACUGCACAUGUACUUGUGCUGUUUGAAUGUGAUAUGGUAAAGUAUUUAAUCAAACUGAUGUAGACAGUAAUUUAAUAAAAAGGGAGAUGGAAGUUGAGUGAAGACUAGUGCUUUUAUGUCAAUUGUUUCAGCAGGUAUGUAGGAAUUUUCGAAAAUAAAAGCUGCACUUGUAGCCUAUUUACCUGAAGUGACAGUGGAGUUGUAGUGAAGUUAGUUCUUUGUGAUGGGAUUUUGGCCCAUUUGUCUUCAGGAGGUUUGUGCUUUUCAGGACCUAGAAUAAUGAUGGUUCACACUAUUUUAGGUGAUAAUUGGGGGAAAAAAUGUAUAUAACAAUACUUAAAACUGUAGUCAUUAGAAGGCUCGAAAAUGUCAGGAGACGUACCCCUUAACCAACACAACCUUUCACACUGACUUAAUUUGGUACUGCUUUCCACCAUAUCCUAUAAUUUGGGUCCUUAUAGAAUGCUGAAAUUGAAAACACAGGUCGACAUUGUUCUUCAUAAUUUGAUUUUUUUAUUUGAACAGUAUUAAUUACCAUUGAAGAAAUAUUAAGCCCAAAGUAUUUAAGUGUAACUGACCAGAAGAUGAGUGGAUGCAGGCUGACUGUACAAUCUACAUUUGUUUGUCUACAGAGUAUAUUUUUGUAAAUAUUGUAUGAUAUUGCUGGGAUUUCUUUUCAAUUAGUGCAUAGUGUAGGUUUUAUUGUUUAUACAUGGGGUAAGUGUGAUAUUUUUUCUUUUCUUUUCUUUUUUCUCCUGGGUUUUUCAAAACUCUUAGACCAUUUAUGUGAAUGUGUAAACUUAAAUAUGAACUGUUAUGGAUUGGGUUGUGUGCUAUGUCUUCAUUAGAGUGGAUGUAGUGGUGGAGUUGAUAAUUGCUAGUUUCUCUCAGUACAGCCUGAAAACAUUGGCACAGGCUCUUAAACCAGAUUGUGGUAAGAUAUGCUCAAUUUUCAGUUAUAUGACAACUAUUAAAAUGGUCCCUUCUUCAGGCAAGCCACAUCUGUGUCGCUUGCCUGUUUUGUGGCAGUUUAGUGUUGACAGAUUGUCCCAUGCAAAGCUGAUAUAGCCAAACAUGUAAUGUUAACGCCUUCUGCAAAGAGACAAGUUUUCAUUAGAUUGACCAAACGCUCUUGUGAACCUGGAUCUAUAUGUUUGUCAAACUGUUCAUUGUUGACCAUUUAAUUCAGCAAACAUUUUUGUAAUGACAAUGAUCUCAACAUGUUUUCUUUCUUUCCCCUUCAUUUACCUGAUCCCCUGUCCUCUCUGCUACACCCUCCCCCUCCCUCACUCCCUAAACAUUUUCUCUCUCUCACACACCACCAGACGUCUCAUUCUUCAGCUCGUAGCACUGCUGCAUUGCAGGAGCACACGGAGUGAUGAUAAGUGGGCGAACCACUUACAGACGCCAGCCGGAGAGAGUGAAUUGUGAGCAAUCCGAGUCUUGGUUUGGCCCACUCAAGUUGAAGCCUCAAAGCUGAUGAAACACAUGGGAGCCUCACAUAAUGAAAUAUGGAAAAUGUUGCUGCUAAUAUGAUUUGCUGCUAACCAAAUGUUUUUCUGUGCAACAUGUGCUGUUUAGUUUUAAAAAAACAAAUGUUUGAAGAUUGACAAAGUCACCAUGUACUGCUGUUUUCUGUUUGUCCAGAUGCAUUUAUACAAUUCUUUUUUUUAUUUUUUUUAUAUAUAUCAUUCACCUACAGUUUGCUGGUAAAAUUUGUCGUCCGUUAGUAUUUGUUUUCUUUCGCAAUAUUUAUUAAUAGUUGGGAAUAGUUAGCUUGGUGGACAGACAUGCUUGAGUCAGUUACAGAGUUGCAGUAUAGAGCCUAGUUUUUAAGAGUUUAAUCGCUCAUUUAAAAUGUGUCUGGACAUACAGAACAUGUUAUCCUCAAAAUUCACCUACAGUUAGUAAUAUAUUUUUUUAAAUUUUCCUUAGCAUGCAGUCUUCUUUAGGCAAAGUUUCUCAUUUGAUAAGUGCUGGUGCGUGCUCCCAUGCUAAGAAAUGACUUUUUGGUUUCUCAUGUGAAUGAGCUUGACUGAUGGUUGUUUGUUGCCUUUGGUUGGUGUAAAUUUUUUCUUCUUUUUUUUAUUUUUACACAUGGUUAGUGUGUAAAUCUGAUGUAUCCGGUUUUCAGCAUUAACAGCCCAGGAUGUUUACUUUGUUGGGUUUUUUUUUAUUUUUUUUUUAUUUUAGUAAAUAAUUCACCCCAGACAACUAACAAUACACAUUCUCAUUUUGGAUGUUUUGUUCCUCCUCUCCGAUGCCGAGUCAUGUUUUCAGUAGUUUUUUGCUCCCAUGUUACUGUAUACCUCCCAUUAGUCUUUGUAACUCCUUCCUUGACAUUUACUGGAAGAACUCCCCAUGUCCCUCACCUCUGCUGUGUUCAUUUCCUGCCAUUUACUUUGAAUUAGUCUUUUCUCUCUUUCCUCUCACUUUCUCUUAUUUCCUCUCCCUGCAUGCUCUCCUCUCCUGCUCUCUCCUCCAAAUCUCUAACCAGUAUUUGUUCUCUCCUCAUUCUUAUCCUUUCCUUUUUUGUUGAGUAUGUUUGUGACUGUUUCCCGUUUGCAAUUAGUCACUCUCACUAGUAAGUAUUGUAUUGCUUCUGCAAUGCUUUAAUAGUUUAUGUUGCAGCUCACCAACAACUGAAGCUGAAGUUUAAUCUGCAAUGCCUCCUUCCUAUCUACAGAUCUGACAUGAUAAACUGCCAUUUUGUAAAUAUUGUAUAUAUUUGUUUUUGAAAAAAUUAAUAAACUUCAAGUAUAAAGAACA